CCUGGUUUAUCUUGAAUUCUGUAAUGUCGAUGCUUCCUUGAACUUUGACCCUUAUCUAACCUUCGUUGGGGUACAUGUGUGAAAAUAGAAGCCGCACACUGUCCGAGAGAGCUGUAUAAUAUAAAAUGGCUAGAUAUCUCGCACAGAUCAUUGUGAUGGGAGCACAGGUGGUGGGGCGUGCAUUUGCUCGUGCUUUACAGCAAGAAUUUGCAGCCAGUCAAGCAGCAGCGAAGGCCCGGAGCAGUGCAGGUCAGCACUCUGCUGCAGCCUCUAGCAUUACUGGGAUGAGCCUGCAAGAGGCGCAGCAAAUCCUCAAUGUCUCCACACUCACCCCUGAGGAGAUUCAGAAGAACUACGAGCACCUUUUUAAAGUCAAUGACAAGACAGUUGGCGGUUCAUUUUACCUACAAUCAAAAGUGGUGCGGGCUAAAGAGCGUCUAGAUGAGGAACUAAGUAUUCAGACACAAGAACAAAGCAAGCAGUCACAGCAGAAUACGGAAACAUGAAGUAUGAAAUGAUGCUCCCCCUUUCUUUCCUCUCCCCAUUCUCUGUAAAUUAUAACCUAAUAAAAUCCCUUUUCUCUACUCUCAAA